AGGACACAGGUAUUCAUGGGCGUCGUAUGAAAGAAAAAUCAAGAUAAACCUGUACAAAAUUUGGCUAACAUCCCGAGAGUCCGCACCCUUUCCCUGUCUUUCACUUUCUGCUCUCCUCGGUACUUUCCAGCUGCAAGUGGCUCUGUUUAGGAACCAUGGCCAGCCACUUAGAUUUUCCUCUUGAUGGGUCUGCAUUCAACAUUGUGAAGAAAUGUGGGCCUGCUCUGAGUGAUGUCCUUGAAAGCAAAUUUGGAUGUGUGGCCACCAUCGAGGGUGUGGAUUUUGAAAGAGGUCUGACUUUUCAGCAGAGAAGGCCAACCAUUGUCCCAGUGAAAAGAUUUGCUGCUACGCUGCGUUCAGGUGUUACAGUGUCUGUGUGGAAGGCUGAUCUCACCAAUUUUCAGGUGGAUGCUGUUGUGAAUGCUGCAAAUACCGAUCUUGAGCAUUGUGGCGGCCUCGCUGCAGCUCUGUCCCAUGCUGGUGGUCCUCAAAUCCGGAAAGAAAGUAAUGAUUAUAUCAAACGGAAUGGACCCUUGAAAACAGGAGAUGCUAUCAUCAGUGAUGCAUGGUCACUACCAUGCAAGAAGAUAAUUCAUGCUGUGGGUCCACAACUAAAAAGAAACCCCCCUAGGCAUUUAGUUCAACAGGCUGAACCACAGUUGAAGAGGGCCAUCAGGAGCAUUCUUGCCAGAGUUAGGGAUCAUCGUCUGAAGACUGUUGCCAUUCCUGCAAUAAGUUCAGGUCUGUUCAACUUCCCCCUGCCACUAUGUGCAGAGAUCAUAGUGUCAACUGUGAAAGAUUACUGCAACUACGCUUCCUCUGGAGAUUAUCUUCCUGAAGAGAUCAUGCUUGUGAACAAUGACGACCCUUCGGUUCAGGAAAUGGAGAGGGCCUGCCGUCACAUACUAGUCUCCCAAACGCCCAUGACGUACAGCCAGGCAACAGCUGCCAAAACCUCGAGACAUGAUGUCCAGAUUGGAAAUGUCCGUCUGACACUGAAGAGGGGAAGAAUUGAGGAACAGCAGACGGAUGUCAUUGUAAACACUGCAUCAUCAAACCGAGACUUGAGUGUUGGUCAAAUCUCCAACGCUUUAUUGUCGAAAGCUGGUAGUGGAAUGCAACAUGAGAUUUAUGGUUCCUAUCAAAAAGGAAACAUCAUCACCACCAAAGGCUACCACCUGCAAUGUAAAGAGGUGUAUCACACUUUUUGCACUGGAAAAGGACAGGUCCUUUUCAAUUCAGUAUUGGAAUGCUUAUGGAAUGCAGCUGCCAGUCAACACAAGUCAAUUGCCUUUCCCGCCAUCGGCACAGGAGCCCUCAGUUUCAGUAAAAGUGAAGCUGCCCAGAUCAUGUCAAAUGCCGUGGCUGACUUUGCCUGCAAGUGGAAGGCCCCAACUAUGAUGGAAGUUCAUUUUGUCAUACUUCACUCUGACAACGACACAUUUAAGGCUUUUGAGGAACAAAUGAAAACUCUCCAGAAAACAGUAUCUCAUCCUGGCUUUACACAGGCUCCUGAGCACAGGGACGAGUUCCAUGAAAGCAAACCUCCCACUCCACAGAUCGGCCUCUCAGGCUCUGAUGAAACAACCCGAGAGGCUGAACGAUGGCUCAGUGGCUUUCUCAAAUCCUCUGGCUCUGUCACUAUCCGUAACAACUUCAUCCUGCACUUCGGCAAGCAAGAAUAUCUCCAGCUGUCCCGUCUAGCCCAAAACAACAUCUUCUUUGAGGAGUCUUUCAAGAAAGGUCAAGCAGAAAUAACUGUGAACGGGUCACAUGAAGAUGUUGUGGUAGCUGGGUUUCAGGUGGAGGCCAUGCUCUGCAACAUACAGAGGGAAUUUGUCAAAGAAGAAGAGCAGGACAUGCUUCUAAUGUCGACCAAGAAUGUGUCCUUCGAAAGAAAGACUAUGAAAGUAGAUGACGUCAGCCAUACAUUCUCCGACAGAGUAUCUGAAUUCAAAAAGGACAGGCUGCGUAUGACGAAGUUGGAAAAAGUUGAGAACCCUGCCCUGGAGACACUGUUCAAUCUCAAGAAAAAUCAGCUACAGUGCCACACUUCCCGAAGAAUGUUUCAGCGCAUACCUGCACAGUUCUGUGGUAUGGUUAGCCAUAUUGGAUUCCGUACAGAGUAUGCACCACCUGCAGACCCAGAAUAUGGAGAGGGGAUCUACUUUGCUGGCACAAUGAAGAACGCCUUGAAAGUGUGGAAGGAUCAAAAUGAGGAGUAUCUGUACUUCGUGGAGGCCGAGGUGCUGACAGGAAACUCCACUCCUGGUAAACCAGGUCUCAUUCUGCCACCUGCCGUGGGAAAAGAUCCCCUAAUUAUGUAUGACAGUGUGAGCGGAGGAUCUGAUGUCUCUGUCAUAUUUAGUAGUUAUCAGGCUCUGCCCAGAUACAUUAUCACCUGUAAGGUGGUCUGAAGAAUGAUUUCUUCUCUUUCCUGUGUUUAUUGAUAAUGAAUUUACACAGCAUUAUAAAGAAAUGGCUGUUAGCAUUACACCUCGAAACCAUAUGAAUGAGACCAGUACUACAAUAUUACAGAGGGAUCACAGAUGUCAGAUUUGUUUUUCAUGAUGUUGAACAUUGCAUAACUGCAUCUUAAAAAAGUUUUGAAUGUUUUGUUUAAGUUCUUUUUUGGUGAUUAACAUAUAUUCUACAUAGCAGCAGUGGUAUUAAUAGCAGUAGUAUAAUCAUUUGUAUGUAUGUCUCAAGUUUGUUUAUUAGUUUAGUGACAUAAUACACACAACAUAUGUUAAUAAUGGUUAUAUAUAUAUGUAUGUAUAUAUAUAUAUAUAUGACAUAAAACAGAUUAUGUGAUGAUUAUAAUAUAAUCCUUCAUAUGGCCAGUGAAAGGCUUUGGUUGGUGGUGAGGGAUGUACAUUGCAGUGCUACUACAAAUACAGAAUUGUAACCUGAUUGGAAAAUGCUCAUAAAACAAUGAUUGUCAAAUCCAUGACGAAGGGGAAACUGAUGAUAUUGGUAUGCUUCUGUUGAUUAAAAAAAGUUAAAAAAAAGUUUGAUUCAUUUUCUUAUUAUUAUU